GACAGUCCAGUCUUGAUAAUCUUGAAGAUCACCGAAAACAGGUCUGUAUUGUUCUCAAGCACCUUUGUACCCACCAGCUCUACAUUAAAUUGGAAAAACGUGAGUUUGAACAAAUAGAAAUGAACUUCCUGGGAUAUGUACUAACUCUUAAAGAUUUGAGCAUGGAAGCAAGUAAAAUUAAAGCUGUGCUGGACUAA